AUGGAGGGAGAGGAGAGGGCCGGGCCAGCAAAAGCGAGGCCGAGUCGUUUGACGGCCCUUCAGGAGCAGCUUAUCUGGGCCCUCUUGGAAUCUGGACUGUCCCGGGAUGUUUUGGUCCAAGCCAUUGGAGAACUGGAGCGAAACAGAGCAGGUUCUGGUGCUGAGGGAAAAGACAGAGGAGAUGGAGAGAGCUCCGAGGAGGGAGAAAUGGAUUUCCCACCACCUAUAUUCCGAGAACUGGAGAAACUUUCUCAGGAUGAAGCAUCCAAACUGAGAGCUGAAGUCGACCAGUUACUGCAGGAGGACCCCUGGCAUGUUGCAAAAAUGGUUAAAAGCUACAUGCAGCAGCACAACCUACCUCAGAGAGAGGUGGUGGAAUCCACAGGACUCAACCAGUCCCAUCUCUCCCAGCACCUCAACAAAGGGACACCCAUGAAGAACCAAAAGAGAGCUGCUCUGUACAGCUGGUAUGUCAAGAAGCGGUGCGAGAUCAGCCAGCAAUUUACCAAUGCCAAACAUGGACUUACACCUGCUGAGGAGCAGGGAGAGGAUGUCAAGAAAGGACGGAGGAACAGGUUCAAGUGGGGCCCGGCAUCCCUUCAAAUCCUCUUCCAAGCCUAUGAAAGACAGAAGAAUCCAAGUAAGGAGGAAAGAGAGGGGCUGGUGGAAGAGUGCAACAGGGCAGAGUGUCUCCAGAGGGGGGUGUCUCCCUCCCAGCUUGCUGGCCUGGGCUCCAACCUGGUUACUGAAGUCCGAGUGUACAACUGGUUCGCCAACCGCCGGAAGGAAGAGGCCUUUCGCCACAAGCUAGCCCUCGACACACCUUUCAACCAAUCCUCCUCUAAUCCCACCCUUGCACCAAGUCCUGAGCAUGGUGUGAAAUACAGCCAGCAAAUAUCCUGUGACACUGUGAGUUCAGCUAGAGGCAGCAGUGGGGAGAGAAUGGGACGUCUUGUAGUCAGUCCUGUCCAACUGGAACCCAGCCACACACUCCUGGAAACCCAUAACCCCAAGCUGGUGUCCAGCAGUGGGCCACUACCCCCAGUAAGCACUCUGACCUCCCUACACAAUCUAUCUGCCUCCCCUGCAUCCUCACAGGGCCUCAUAAUGGCCUCAGUGCCCAGCGUCAUGAGCCUAGGAGAGUCCUCUCUUCUCAUUGGUUUAACCUCCACACAGCCACAGACUCUGCCUGUCAUAAACAACAUGGGAGGCGGUUUCACAACUCUCCAGCCAAUUUCAUUCCAGCAGCAGCUUCAUGCCUCUCACCAGCAACCAAUAACGCAACAGCUUCAGAGUCACAUGGCUGCCAGUCCAUUCAUGGCAACGAUGGCGCAGCUGCCAUGCCACAUGUACAACAAAUCAGAUUCACCCCAGUACCAUUCAUCCAGCUUGCUGUCCCAGGCCAUGGUCAUCACAGACAGCACCAGUCUGGGGACUCUGACCAGCCUCGCUGCUGUCAGACAGAUUCUCACCACUGAUCCUGAGGAACAGACAGAGCCUUCUUUACAGGAAGAUUCUUUACACCUGCAGCCUCACACGCCUGUGCCAGUUUCCUCUGAAAGCCUUGAGCUGUAUACUUCGUCUCAGACGACAGAACGUCAUCAGUCUCAGCUCCUCUCACCUUCACCAGCAGACAUCAGCUCCUACAUGCCUGCACAAAUGGUGUCGACAGCACAGUAAAUUUUCCUUGGCAAUGUCGCACCUGUUCCCUGUCAGCUGGACUUGGGAAUGUGAAGGCCUUUGGGAUUUUCAGAAAAACCUGGAAGACGGUAACAGUGAUGACGUCUCAGAGACCGUCUGACUCAAACUCAUAACAAGGACUAGCUUUAGAGGAUCCAACCUUAACAACAUCAGAGAAUCAACUCAAGAUCAACACAAAAAUGUUUUUUUUUAUUAAUAUUCUGUAAUAUUAAAAAAAAUGUAAAUUUAGUUUCUUUGCAACUUGUUAAGUGCACUCACUGCUUUGAAAUGCUGUUUCCCCACACUUUCAUGAAAAAUUCAACUCUAUUUCAAGUCUCAACACAAACAAUGUAAGUAAAACAUUUGAAUGAG